AUGGAAUAGUAUACCUGCUAUGAUGAGAAAAAUAAAAACUUCACUAAUAUAUAGAUGAAGCAGACAGAGUUGGUUGACUAUGCUAAGAAUAAACAGCUUUAUUGCUACGAGAAUGAAUUGAUGGCUAAUGUUUUGUUGACUGGUUUCUGGUAUGAGUUAUGCUUUGAGUUUUAAACAGCCUAUAAGUAAUGCAUUGGAGAAGACGAUUAAUAGAAAUGCAUCAUGGAAUAGUUGACUUAUUUUGCAUAAAUGUACUAUGUUUAAAAGAUAUACUUAACUCUAUACUUAAAGGAUAGUUACGUUGGAACAAUAUAUGAUCAAUGCAAAGAAAAUUAUUACUAAGACUUUGGGAUCUCAAAAGAGUUACUUACUAAAUCACUUGGCUCAUUCAAUCUGACUGCUCUCUAUGAUGAUUCGAAGUGGGAGUACAAGAGAGAUGAAGAGUGCAUAGAGAUAAAUGGUGAGUAUACAUUUGACAUGGAUCUCUUCUAUAAUCAAGAGGAUAUGCGCUAACUCUACAGAUGGGACGACUCUAUGGAAUUUCUGGCUAUCUGCGAGUUAGCCAGUGGAGAUUUCCCUGAAUGCAAAAGAGACCUUUUUGAUAGCUGGGAUGACUUUAAGAUUUGUGUCGAGGCAAAGCUUUCCAUCCUGAACUGCUUCAACUUCAUCUCAGAGAAUGAAAAAGUCAGGAGCAUUUUAUACCACGUGUGCAAAUACAACAGAAGCAAGCAUGUCAAAGAAAAAGAUGGAAUAUUAUAUGUGGAGGACGAUAAUAAGAACUUUAAUGAUAGGUUCAGUUCUUAUGAAGAGUUCAAUAACCUAUUUGAAUGA